AUGGCAGAGCCACUGGGUCUCGCCUCUGCGAUUCUGGCGCUAGCCACUUUCGCGUUGAAAGCAAGCGUCACACUCUAUGACGACGUCAAAAGUUUCCGCACCCAUCCUCAGAAGGAGGUGUUAGAAAUGCUCAUGAAAACGGUUGGAGCUGCAGUCGAAGCGGACUUUUCAGCGCUCAAGAUCCCUCUGCAGCAAUGCGGGGAAGCCUGCGAAGAAUUUGGUAUUGAGUUGGCAAAGUGCUCCACACGAUCCAGUACAGACCGAACCAGUUUUCGUGACUGGACUAAGAUGAAGUACAUGGGGGAAGACAUUGGCGGCUUUCGGCAGCAGCUAGCUGGUUACAAGUCUACGAUUAAUAUAGCCCUUGCGGAUACGACCCUGCGUACACCAUCUAUCACGACCGAGAGACUGGAAAGUCACAAAGAACUGAUCAAAAAUACAACUGAUGAUUUGGAGACUCGUCUUCAAGAAAUUGACGGAAAGCUCGAAUCGUUACUCGCGCGCUUUGUACCAGCGUCUGAUUCCGAUUCUGACGAGCUACGGCGCAUCCGAGAUGAGCGACUGAGCACGGAAAACGGCCUUCAAAUCUGCCACCGACUCUCGGAUUUUAUAAAUGAGAUACAACUAGGUCACACCGAAAGGAGUGGGGAUCCGCGGGCAGCCGUCGAACCUAUGCUUUCACCUGAUAAAAUUAUCAAUGAAUCCUUACAAGCGUGUGCAGGAAGCCUCAAGUCUGCUGCUGCACAAUUGGAGGAGUUAGAAGAGAGCCAGCGAAAGGAAAUAGAUCGGUUGAUUUCCAGAGCAAAGUUAACCAUGUCUGAUCUGGACGCAGCAAACCUCGAGAGACUGAGAAAUGAACGCAACACGACCAGUGAGCUGAUAAGGAUUUGCCGCACGGCAGAUAUCCGCUUACAGCAGAAAGCCAGCGUGAUCGAGAACUACGCUACUGGAGAUCAGACUGUCCAGUUUUUGGUUUCGACAAACGAAAGAACGAUAAACGGGAAGAACAGUGGAUUUGGGUGGGCUCAGAGGCAAAUCGGCGGCCAUAUGAAUGAUGAGACAGUGCAGCAGCUUUCUCGGGAUGCUUUCAAGUCAGUCAUCCGACAUAACAGGAAGAAUGAGGAGGUUGAUAGCCAAAAUCAGCCUCUCUCACAUCUAGAACCUUCCAAUGACGAUGGAAACACGUCAAAGUUUAGUGAUCAAUAUUCAGCGGCGCUUAUAAGACACCGACUACUGUUUGACCACUAG